UUAAACCAUUUAAAAGACAUAGCGAAUAAAUCGAAAUUAUCCUUCUUUAUCUAAUAUGUCAAAAAACCGAUAACAUCAACUUCAUCCUAUCCCAGGUAUAAAGUUCAAAAGUGAAUAUUUAUCUAAUUUUUAUCAUAUUGUUCGUAUCUGGUGAUAAAACGGGAUGGUAUGUGAGGAUAUAACCGUUCCCUUAAACUAGGAGCUGAUCUGUUCAAAGCAAGUAAAGAGGUAUGGUGAAUACUUCCCAGCAAAUAAAAGAAUACACCAGUUUCAAAUUUCAGUGUUUUUCACCUACUUUUGGGGCACUAAGGAAGGUAAAAAGGGAUUCUAGCUGAUUUAUGCACUUGAUGGAUGACUUCAAGCACAUUUGGUUCCUUUCAGCCGUAACAACAGAGUUUUCUUCCUUCAUACUGAUUUCUAACCAAAAAAAAAAAAAUGCGAAAGAUGAUUUGUCACACAGGUUACUAUUAGCUACGAUCUUCCAGGGAUAACAGAAGAAAGAAGAAAAUAAUACAUACGUACAUUGUAUGUGUGACAACAAUGACGAGCAUGGCUUUCUUGUUUACUUCAAUCAUUGUUUUACAAAAUGUGAACUUAUAUAAUGCAGGUGAAUGUCCAAUCGACAACUGCAGACAUUGCACAUCUCUCAGUGAGUGUUCUGUAUGCGACGUUGGCCGCUUUGGUAGGAAAUGUGAACACAAUUGUCGAGCAGAUUCUUAUACAUGUCAUCUUUGUAGUGAUUCCUUUUUAAAAGCAUUUAAGUCAGAAUCUGCUUGUUUUGAUUGCCAAGAACGGGAGUAUUUUUCAAAUGAUAAAUGCCACUCUUGUCCACAAACAUGUGUUUCUUGUGUUGCCUCAGACAAAUGUAUUGAUUGUAAAGCCGGAUAUUUUGGACCAGCCUGUCAGAAUAUUUGUCCCCAAAACUGCAAUGCGUGUUCCAAGCAUGACUUGUGUACCACUUGCAAAGAAGGUUGGGUAGGUAGUAUGUGUCAAUGCAGUCAAAAUUGUGUUCAAGAAGGCGACGUGCUUGAAUGGUGCAGUAUAAAUGGGACAUGUUUAAAAGGAUGUAUUAAUGGAAAACGGGGAAGAACGUGCAAUGACAACUGUCUGAAAAAAGAAAUCUGCCACAAGUGUGAUCAGUUUUCAGAACGUUGUUUGGAAUGUUCUGAUGGACUAUAUGGAAUGAAUUAUUGUGACCAGAAGUGUGACCGGUGUAUGCCAAACGGUAAAGGGGAUAUCAAUUGUAGCAUCGAGACUGGGGAAUGUAACAAUGGGUGUCUUGAUGGAUUCUUUGGUCGCAGAUGUGACAGAAAAUGUGCAUACUGUAUGCCAUUGUCUGAAGAUUCUGAUGAGAAAAAAUGUGACAUUGAUAACGGAACAUGUAAUAACGGCUGUAUUUAUGGAUAUCAUGGCAGUAGUUGCGACAAAAAGUGCGGACAUUGCUUACCAGAUAGGGAAGGUGUGGUUAAGUGUGCUAUUGACACUGGAGAAUGUAAUACUACUUGUAUCGACGGUUUCUAUGGCCAAAACUGUGACAGAAAGUGCAGUCGGAACUGUUUUAAUUCGAAAUCAGACUCAGCUAGAUGUGAUAAAGAAACAGGAAGCUGUUUAUUUGGUUGUGUACCAGGCUGGUACGGCGAAAUUUGUGAAACUCUUUGUAGCAGUACGUGCUCUAAAAAGUCUUGCAAUCAACUAUCGGGCAAAUGCGACAAUGGAUGUAUUACUGGCUGGUAUGGAGACAGGUGCAAUGAAAUUUGCAGCAUUUCAUGCUUUAAUAAAUCAUGUUCCCAUCAGUUAGGACAUUGUAAACAUGGAUGUGCUGAUGGGUAUUUCGGCGAAAGUUGUGAACACGUCUGUAUUGGCAAUUGCAAGGACGAUAUUUGUGACAGACAGACUUCACUUUGUUUGACCGGAUGCGAUACGGGAUAUGAAGGGACGUUUUGUAAUGAAACAAUGCAGACAGAUUUCGGUCCUGUUGUUAUAGGAACUGUUAGUGGUUUUGCUGCAGCUUUAACAUUAUCAUUUGUUAUUGUGAUGACUUGGUGUGCAAUAAGGUUUGCUCUUUGUGCUAAGCGCUGUCAUGGUGUAAUUGCAUCCAACAAAGUUAAUAUUGAGCCAGUUUACGUUGAACUUUCUGAAGACGAACACGACGACAUCAUGGAGACACAUUUCACUGCCGAGAAUUUACAUGUGGAAGUUUGUACAAAUUCUUAACUUGGAACUAUGCAUGAAUGUGGGAGUAUAGCAAAUAUCAACGAAACUUACGACACUCCUGCUUACAGGAAAAGUAAAACAAACUGUUACACUGAAACUGCAUCUAUUUUAGCUGAUACGGCUGGGAAACCACAAUAUGUCAAUGUAUUGAACCUGAAUAUCAACCCUGACGAAUCUUACAGAGGUCACGAAAUUCCAGUUUCUGUAAACCACAACACAUCAGUAUCCAGCGCAAGCACUUCAAUGACAUGUGGGUAUCAUAAAAUAUGAGGCUUUGGUGCAGAUCUAUUACGUUCUUCCGAAAGUGUAUGUGUCAGUGCAAUGUCUUCAAAUGAAAACCAUAUUGUUUACGAUGUUCCUGAAACUGUCGUUGUUAGACAUAGGAAGUAUCGAAGGGCAGCGUAUACCGGUGGUUGCAUUUUGACACAAACUGAAAAAAAAUCAUUCGGAACAGACUAGAACUUGAGACACAUGCAAAUUGAAGCAAUCAUAGUGAAUGAAAAUGAUAGUUGUAAUUACUUACACCCAGUAAUAUGAUAAUGUAAUAAUAAACUUUGACACAAGUUAAGACUUUGCUAUUUACAAAACAGAGACAGUUUCGUUUAGCAAUCAUUGUACUGAUUGCACCAGAUACAAAAAAAAAAAGAUUUAAAAUGAUUUUUUUCUCUGUAUCAAAGUUUUACUUGAAAACCAUUUGUUUGCAUGUAUGUUUGCUUAGAGUCGCGAUUGGUUACCAAUAAUUAUUUCAUCAUUUUAAGUUUGAAAGUGUGUGCACGAUGUAUACAGGAUGACUAGCCGUAACAUUCAUGGUGUAAAUAACCCAAAAAGAACACGACUUUGAGUUCAAAUUCAUAUUUGCAAUGUCAUUAGUAUUUUCGCUAAGAGAAGUCAAGCAUCCGGUGACUUUUUAAACCAUCUUCUUCAUUAUCCUUUCGUUUUUUCCCAUAUAUUACCCUGGAUAUCUCAAGUUACUUGGACAUGUCACUUGGUCACUGUGUAUCAUCAUUUUCUUUUCCGUGGCAGAAAACUCUCUUUAAAAUGUCAAAGCAUUUCUUAUCUCUGACCGAUUGUUAAAUGUGGUUAAAAUGGUGUUUAACAACAUUCCUUCCUCGGUUAACCAACUACAAACCUUGCUCAAGUUAUUAUGAUUCAUUUUCUUUGGUAGACGUUCUAUUUAAUUCUUGAAACAAUCUUUAUUUAAAACAAAACAAGGCUGCUAUGGGUGACUCUACUUUUCCCAGUACGGAUCUAUGGAACAUCUGGCUUCCAACAUUUUUUUACUUUACCCUCUUGCGUGAUUUUAUUACCCUAUGAGGUGCUAAAACAGAAAGGAAAGUAUACCAAGUUAGCUAACGUUUUGAUUGCAUAUAGCUCUAGAAAGCUAGAGCAUUUUGCUCUUCAUCCACUUACGACUGUGUCACUUAAGAUUGAUUACGGUCACUAUUUUCAUAUAGAACUAAGUAUCAUGCUCCAAGGGUCUCAGAACAAAACGAACAUAAAGAAUAGAUAUGCCUGGAUGGGUAUGCAUGAUUUGAUCCCCCCCCCCCCCCCCCCCCCCCCAACGCAUUACAUCCAUUAUGUCUGGCAAUGAUUACUAUUAAAUAUUUUUUAAUUCUCACACUUGAUCAUGUUCUAAUUUUGCUUCUUCAAAAUAAAAUGAAUAAAAUCAUAGGCGCUAUUAGUAGUCAUUUUGUAUGAGUUAUAUACAGUUAUAUACAAACUGCUUAAAAUGAAUACAUCAAUGACGUUUGAAGACUAUGAAUGGAUGGGAAACAUCACAUUGCAAGGUCAGAGAAAAGCUACCUCUGAAGUACGUGUUUUUGUUUUUGAAACACUGUUAAAUAAAAGUAAUUGAAAGCAUUAUUAUUAAGAAAUAUACAAUUUUAUGCUUCUUAAAAUUGUCAGCCCCAAAUGACGAAGGAGCCUGAAAACUUUGCUAAAGAUGAUUUUAAUAUAACACCAUCGCUUGCUUAAUUAUUUAGUACAUAUUUUAUAACAUACAAUGUCAGUUCAGCUGACAAACAGUAACAUGUCAACUUUUUUCGCAUGUGUUCGUCUUGUGCCAUUCAAAGUUAAGCUUUCAAAAACCUAUUAAUUUCUGCUUUAGCUUUUUUAACUAAAUCACGUUAUUCUAAUAUGACUAGCAAUGCUUAAAUAUUCACAACGAUAUCAUGCUGACGUCUGUCACGUCGACGUGUUAUUUAGCUUUCAAAUUUUGUCAAAUAUUUUACUGAAGGUUUAGGAGUAUAUCAUCAAAAUAAAGAAAUAUUUGAGAAAUGAAAAUCAUCUUUACCAGCAAUCUAUCCGACGAUUUCAUGUUCUGCCGUACUGUCCGUUACGAUAGAUACUUAUACUAUUCUUAAAAGGUUGCCUCGUUUUAGAAAUGAAUGCCAUUUGUAAAGAGUGAAAUUUCAAUACUGGGAUGUUAUUGCAAAUGCAUAGAAAAUACGAUAUAUAAUAGCUCUUCGAAAAUGGCGAGAUUUUAAAGGCGCUGUACUGUCCGAAAGUGUGGCCUUUUUAUGCAGUCCGUUUCCAGAAUUCAAUGUUUAUAUCAGUAUACUGACAAGUGUUUUGUGGAGUAAUAUACAUGUUUUAUAUGCUGUUCUAUUUUCAGGUAAAUAAAACGCUUUCUUUCUAUGA